AAUGUUUUGUUGUGAGCAUCGUCGGCAACAGCAGAGCCAACGCACGCACCUUUUGUACGCACCUUCAUGCACUGCUCCUUCGGCAGCCCAACAAAAGUAAACAACAAGAAUUAAACGCGAUAAAAAAUACCAAAAAAAAAAAUAAUAAAAAAAAAACAAAAAUCAACGGCUUAUUGCAAAAACGAAUCAGCUGCUUUCGCUCUCGCUCGCUCUCUCUCGCUCUUUGGUGGAAGACGUCAUGAAGCCGCCGGCGCUGCCGCUGACAUCACUGCUGGUGGCGCUGCUGCUGAGCCAGCGCCCGGCGCCGAGCGCUGGCUCCGCGGUGCUCAUCUCGGAUAUGACCAUGACCAUGAUGGUGGAGCUCUCGUCGCGUCAUCCGUUCUGCAAGAUGCACACGGAUCGGGGCGACAUUCAGCGUAUGUUGCUGCAGUCGGAUCCGCGUCGCAUACGGCAGGUGCCGCGCGAGUCUGUCGUGGAGCUGGAGGAGGUGUGCCGGCGUCAGGGCUCCUAUGGGCAUGAGUUUCGCGGCGGGCUCGGUUUUAUAUAUCCGGGCACAAAGUGGUGCGGUCCGGGCACAGCAGCAACCAGCUACGAUGAUCUUGGGCAGCAUGCACGCGAGGAUCGCUGCUGUCGCGAGCACGACAUGUGCCCGGAUGUGCUCAACGUGGGCGACUGCCGGCGCGGUCUGUGCAAUCGCGGUACCUUCACUCGCUCCCAUUGCGAUUGCGAUGCCCGGUUCCGGCGCUGCCUGCAGGCGGCCAACACGGAGACGGCCAACACGCUGGGCGCCAUCUUCUACAAUGUGGUGCAGGUGACCUGCUUCCAGGAGCGCAGCCCCUGCUCGGCGCACCAAAGAGCCGGCUACAAUCAGACGGAGCAGGAGGCCAUCUGCGCCCAGUGGCAGUAUCAGCCCUCGGAGAAGUAUGUGCCCAGCCAGCCGCGCACCUCGUAGAUGUCGCCAUAGCUGACCGUCCUGCAAGUCUACAAAUCUACCAAGCAAAGCAAUUUAGCUAUAGCAAUCAGUUUAACCCGAAUCCCGAUCCAAGCAGCUGUUUACCUGACAAAAAAAACCAAAAACAAAAACAAAACAGAAACCGGUGCCAAAACAAAUGGGCUAAAGUGAAGCCGCAGCGCUGAGCGCAGAAAAUAUAUUUUCAUAUAAUAUAAACAUACAAUAUACUAUAUAUACAUA